CUAAAAAAUCUAAAUCAAACCAAAACUUUGAAAGUUACCUACAAAACGUACAAAUCAUGUCAGGGUACACAAAAAUACUUUUACUGGCAUCCCUUUAUACAUUUUUGGGGGCUGCGGCAGUUGAAUACAAAACUGAUUUGAAAUAUAUCCAAGCAGAAAAACAUUACCCGCUACCAGAGUUUAAUUCGGACGGGGUGGCUUUUGAUAGGUUAGUGGCCGAUCAGUCCCAAGGAAUAGAAGACAAUAAUAAUGGUAAUUAUGGUGACCUGGUUUUUAAGGAGAGAGGCCAAAGAGAUCAGCUGUUGUUUAGAGAAGUUCUCAUAAAUAAUGGCAAGUCUUCUGCCCCACAAGAUCUAAUUUGGAUCGCUAAUAUACCUGAAACUACCAUAUCAUCAGUCAGAUGUCUUAACUUUGGAAGAGAACGGGCUUUCUGUUAUAGCAUUGAGGUGGCAGGAGGGGAUACUCGAGUUGUCUUAAAACUUGGAGCUUUUGUAGAUCCGAGAGUCAUGAUUGAGGUAUAUGGUUACAACUAAAUGUAUGUAUGAUAUUAUGUGCAAAAAUAAAAGAUGUAUUACAAUUAAAAAA